AUGGCUGUCGAUUACAUCAACUCCGCCGAACAGACCAUGACGCUGGUACGGUCUAUCGCAGCCCACCUCGCUGAAGAACCCAACCUCCCCGCCCCUGAAAAUCUCACGCGCGGUGAAGUGGAUGCAUGGAUCAGAGCGCUGGACACUGGAAUCAAUGGUCGAGUGAUCGAUAUGCUUGCCCUACCUGUUCUGGAGUGUUUGCUAUACAAGCGAAAUCUUGUCUGGAAAGUCAAUCAUUUGCGACGAGCCCCUUGUGAGAAGUUCCGGCCCGUCAUUGUCAACCCCUGGAUUUCUGCUGAGGGCGUUCCUUCCAACCACAACCAAUUGCCUUGGAUUCCGGGUGAUCGUCUUCGACGUGUUGAGAUCAACGGCGAUGCAGAAGAUCCUGCGGACCCAGACGAGGACGCCACUGCCGCAGACCAAGAUGAUGACAUGGAAGAAGAAUUUACAGAGAUCGAUGGAGAAGGCACACAGCUCGACUCACCACACAACAUCGACACAGACAAAGAUUCUACUUUAACCACCCAACAAAGUCUUGAUGAACAAGACGACACUGUGCUGCUCGAUACUGUAGCAGCCGAGACUGUUCAAGAUAUAAGAUCGCCCUCUGUCAACGAUGAGAAUAUCGCCAUGCAAGACGUACUCGAGCAGAACGACUCUACAGCUGGCAGCUCCACACCUAGCGACACCGAAAACGAGAAGCCAACUCAACCUACCUCCCCAGACAGCGAAGAAGAUUCGAACCCUGCCUCCGAUGAUGAGGGCCGAACAAAUUGGUGCAUCUGUAACGGCGAAUAUACUGGAAGCACCAUGAUCGAGUGCAAGAACUGCGAAGACCCUCAUUGCAAAGGAAAGUGGUUCCAUACAGCAUGCGUCGAGCUGGUGAGACCACCUGCUGAGAAUGUGGAUUGGUACUGUAAGGACUGUCGUAAGAAGCUCAGACUUGGUGUCUACAGUAAUGGCUGUGUCGACAAAGAUAGGAAGCCCAACCAAGCCACUGGAAGAACCAGGAAGCGUUAA